CGUUGUUUUCUCCCUCCCGACGCCUCGUUCCUGCUGCAUUCCAUCCUUACGCCUCUGAUUGUGGGUUUCCACCAAGAUGACCAGCAAUCCCGGGCAAAGUCCGCUAUCAGAAGUGAGCCCAAUGGCUCAACGCAGAAACUCCCCCAGCUGGAACCAAACCACUAAGGUGCGUGGCUCCCGCGAGUCGGUGAUGGGCGCGCUGGGCUGACCAACCAACUGCAGAUGAUGAAAACACACGAUGCGUCGCCCUAUGAGGCGCCAGCGUCACCGCGUCUCUUCUGGCAGGGCCGGGAAUCAGGAUCUCCCUUCCAUAGAGGCUCAGAGAACCAGAACCUCUAUGAUCCUGAUGUCUCAACAUAUACUCCCUCCAAGCGCCCGUCUUUGGAAAACCUGAAGCGCGCCUCCAGGGUCAAGAAUAACAACAUGUUCCGCGACCACAAUGCAGAGUAUGACCCCACGCAAGUCUAUGUUCCACAGCGACCUUUGGCCCUCAAUCGGUCAUCCCAGAGGCAAGCGCAGAACCCACCACCAGCACAGCAGCCCGACCCCCGGGACACCAACCCGGUCGGCCCGCGGCCCCCUUCCCCGAGCAAGGACCAGGUUGCCCCGGCAAAAUCCUCGCUGUCCCGGGCUAGUCGAUUCGGUGGUAAGGACGCUGCUUUCGACCCCGAGAACGAGAUCUGGUCGGACAUCGACGGUAGUCGACAUGCUAAAAGCGUGACAUUCGAUGCGGCUCCUCCUCAGGUCAACGAAUAUGAGAUGACAACUCCGGAUCCAUCCUCCGUCGCCUCCGACUCCCGCGAAGGUAGCUAUGACUCCGAGGAAAAUGAGAAUGAUAUCAGCUUCGAUCGGGAAUCCUCGCUCGAGCGCGACGACAGCUUCGACGCAUCCCUGGAAGACCUCGAGAAAACACCAGUAGUGCUGCCGGAGGACUGGCGCUAUAUGAGUCCUGAAUCUGGGAAUGAGGAACUGGUCGAAGAGGGGGAGGGUCAGUUCACCGAGGAUGACGAAGACCAUAGUCCCAUCCCCCGCCCGUCCUCCCAGCAAGAGCAUCCCAUGCAGCAUGCCCGGGUGGAGUCACUGGAUUCAAAUGUUGAUCGCCGUCCCCUUCCUCCUCUCCCUCCCACUAACCGGCCUCAAUUCCCUCAGCGUGGAUCGCCGGGAAAGAUGACGGCCGCUUUUGAGCUUGGAAGUGGGAACCAGCGCGUUCUUCCUUCUCCACCAGCCCCCGCAUCUUACAGCAAAUCCGACAUCACGGAACGGAACCAUGGCCAUAUGUCCCUGGAAGAGAGGCUGCGUCUGAUGAUGAUCGAGAAGAAGGAGCCGAUAACUGAGGAAAUCGAACUGGAUGGCCCGGAGACACCCAAGGCUCUUCCCGAGGAGCCACAGGAGCAGAUUGCGGUCAAGGAGGCCCCUGCCACUCAGGAAACAGAUACUGCAGCGGAGGACGACGCAGAUGUUUACACCCCUCCGCGCAUCUCGAGGGAUUCGAUUCUCCGAGAUCUGCGUAAGAGCGAGAGCUUCCUGGAUGACUCCUUUGAGGAUGCUUCUCAGGCGGAGUCUAGCCCCAACCAUUACUUCGAUUAUGACCCGGACGUCCCAAUUCCUUCCAUGGAGCACGAUCAUGAUGAUAGCCACGACUAUGACGACGACAAUGACGAUGAGACCAGCAGUGUGAUCAUCAAGCCCGAAGAGCAUGAUGAUUCUCUUUAUGACAUUCCAGAAUACUACGAAAACGUAAACUCGGAGCAGUCCUCUUCGCAAAGCUUAAAGGAUAAGAUGGAUGAUGACGAAAGCCGUUACUCCAGCCAACCUCCGGAAGAGAUGUCCGUGCUGGAGGAGGAUGACUUUGAUGACAGGCAAUCCACACCACUUGCUACCGUGCAGACACAAGAGACGCCGGUCAAUGUUACUGUUGAUGCCCCAGCUAAUGAGACGGCUAAUGAGCCGAUUGAUGAGUCAGUCGAUGAAUCACUUGAUGAGUCGCAAGUAUCUACCAUCAGCGAGGAAAGGUCUGCUGAUAAGAUGGCCGCCAUGCGGGAGUCACUCCAGCGCCCAUCGACGCCGGAUAGCCAGAAUCAAUUAUCGGAGCCCUCUACCCCUGAUUCUGUCGUUCGACACCCUGUGGCUGACGAGCAGAGCGAUCGCGAGGUCUCGCCAGACGAGAGUGUUCCGGAUCCGAUUGCCACAGUCAAAGCACCAGGAACUCGCCUCAAGACGCGUCCCUCACUGACACCAGCCGAUAUGGAACAGAUGGCAGCCACUCGCCGGAAAAUUAGCGGACAGGUGCCACCGCCAAUGCCAUACCUUACAAAACAGGAAUCCAACGAGUCCCAGGCGUCAGCACCGGGUGAUGCCGUGCCAUCACUACCUCCACCCGUGCAGGAGAAUCAAAGACAGAGUAGUCUUGUGAAGCUGGACAUUCCGUUCAGCAUCCAGGAAGAAGAGAGCCUUGGAUUUGGAUUGGACAAAGAAUUCGAUAGGGUCAUUGAAUCUCAAAAGAGAGGUUAUCUUAUGCGGCACAAUACCAAGGUUAUCAUUGCGAGCAGCAGCACCGAAGACGACACUGUGCCAACUCCAGGAGAAGAUCCAGCUGAAUCUCGAGCCACACGCGCCGCUCCCACGCCGCGUAAGGCCAGCCAGCAGACUUGGACCACUGUACCCUGGAACGGUCAGACUCGCCGGGCGAGUAUGAGAACGGCCAGCGGAGUGGUUCGAAAGAAGGCUACGUCAGGCCCGGUACCGCCGCUCCCAGGCCAGCAAAGCAGCGUCCAGGAGCCGACAACCACGAUCGAGGAGGCGGAGCCUGCUCUCAAUGGCGCUCUCGAAGAGGGUGAAGAGCGAGGCCGUCUUUUCGUCAAGGUUGUUGGGAUGAAAUACCUCGAUCUGCCUCUGCCACGAGGUAAGUAUUGAAACUUGCGAUCAGUUUUGUGGUCCAUUCGCCGCUAACCAGACUAUAGGUGAGAGAUCGUACUUUGCCCUUACUUUGGACAACGGCCUGCAUUGCGUCACCACCUCUUGGUUGGAACUAGGCAAGACAGCGCCCAUCGGCCAGGAGUUCGAGC